CAAAGUGCAAGAGGCUACAUGAUGCUCUCUAUCCCCGCUGCUGGAGUUAUUUUAAUAUUAGCUUGGAUUUAUCCAAGUUACGCACUAUAUUUCCACAUUGGAGAGACGGAGAAAAAAUGCUUCAUUGAAGAAAUCCCAGACGAGACCAUGGUUAUUGGAAAGUACAGGACCCAGCUGUGGGACAAGCAGAGCAGUUCCUUCCUCCCAUCCACCCCCGGCCUUGGAAUGCACGUUGAGAUCAAGGAUCCAGAUACAAAGAUUAUCCUUUCUCGUCAAUAUGGGUCAGACGGGCGGUUCACCUUCACCUCCCACACUCCUGGAGAACACCAGAUUUGUUUGCACUCCAACUCCACCAAGAUGGCUCUCUUUGCAGGAGGGAAACUGAGAGUCCAUCUAGAUAUUCAGGUCGGAGAACAUACCAACAACUAUCCUGAAAUUGCAGCUAAGGACAAACUCACCGAGCUGCAGCUGCGAGUCCGUCAGCUAUUGGACCAAGUGGAGCAGAUCCAGAAGGAGCAAAACUACCAGAGGUAUCGGGAGGAGCGGUUCCGCAUGACGAGCGAGAGCACCAACCAGCGUGUUCUCUGGUGGUCCAUCGCCCAGACACUCAUCCUCAUCGUCACUGGCAUUUGGCAGAUGAAGCACCUCAAAAGCUUCUUUGAGGCCAAGAAACUGGUGUAGUGUGUUUGUGAACAACGUCACAUUUAGGAAGCAACAUAAGCAUGAGUAGACAGACUUUACUGACCGGAAUGGAGAGACGUCCACCCACAGCGCAGAAACAUCCAGGAGGAGAUGUGGUCUUGAUAUUAGCCAGAAACGGUUAUCAGUCCUGGGCAAUGUGUUUUCCUUGUCAAUGUUUUAGGCUGUUGUUAUUUUUCUGUUAGCACCGAGACAGUAGCACAACAUUCCAAUUGCCUUUCUUGUCGUGUUUCUUGACAACACUGGACGUGUGAUUUUUGAUCUUCCUGUGCAAGAAGAAACUGGGACAACAUUAGUGAACUGAGAUUGGUUUUCUGUGGCCAUGCAGGAGUGAAUGACCACUGCAAUAGAAAUGUAAGAAUGAGAUUGUUAAAGCUGUUACAAGUAAUAAGUGAGUAGUGUACUGAAACCUGAUUUUAUGUAGGCCAUUUUUUGUCAUUGUUACUGUUGCACAGUUUUAUCUCCAGGUUUUAUCACUUCUAACAACAUGCUUUCAGCUGUGUUCGUCCAUUGGUUACUCAUACGCAGAUAUUAUACCGGCCUUGAUUCCUGACUUGUCCUUUUGAUAACGCUUUACUUUAACCCUGUAAACAGCAUUUAUGAGCAGUAUGUAAGACCUUAAUAAGUAUAUUAAUAUAUGAUAUUAGGCACCAGCACCACUGAGGACACUUUAAAGUGCUCAUUGAUGUCUUUAUGAACGAUUAUAAGCUCCCAGGAGGGAUUGGUAAUAAACAGAUAAUUAAUCAUCAGUAACACACCGUAACAAAGCUGUAAUGACAUGUGAAUACACACAUGAACAAACAGUGUGUUAUCAUUGACAGCCAGGUUUCAAACAGGAGUUAAUGUGUUCAGAUCUCCCAAAGACAUUACCUUCAAGCUUAGCUUUAGCUUCAAGGUUCAUUCAUGAUUUCAGACAUUGUUGUUGUCUAAUUCUGAAGUUAAGGUCCACUUGUUGAAAUGUCUUUGUAUCCUCUGACAUUUUCCAGUGUUUAUAUAUCGCUCAUCAAGGUGAAAUGGAGGGUCAAAGUCAAGCGUUACCACCCCUCUACUGACUGUAUAUACCGAAGUUUGUAGCUAGAGUACAGUUUCCUGUGCGUUUUACCACAGCUAAGUCUGUAGAUACUUGUGAUACUCGUCUAUUAACAGCAGGACUCUACUGUACGUUGCAGAUAACAGGUAUAUCUUCUAGCCUGCCCUGUUCUUUUUCUAAUGCCUUUUACACAUUGAAUGAUACACAGGUCUUACAAUUUUUCAUUCGUGUCACCAGGUGUUUAUGUUCCAUCUCUGUCAUAGAAUGUAUUUAUUGAGCAGUUGCGGCUUGUUUUAUUGCUGAGCUUGAAUCAGGUUUAUUGUAAUGUAAUGUUGUUUUCAUGACUUCUUUUUGGUUCUCUUUCUCAGUGGAACAGAUGUUUGAUACGUUUGCAGAUUCUGUUCAUUCCCAUUCAUAGUGAAGAAGUUACAGUGAGACAUUUGGUUAACAGUGUUUUCAUUUUUUACUCGCAAAGUUUGAAAUUGUCCAAUUCUCAAGAUUCAGUAUAUUUGGUGUUAAAUUUUGUUUGAAGUUGUUAAAUCGUCACACUAAAAAUAUUCACAUUUUUACUGCUGUCCUGAUGUCACCUCCAUGUUCUUAAUAAAGAAACUUUGGCCAGA